AUGGGUCCCCUUCCCAGCGGUCCCCUUCCCAGCGAUGCUGGCAAUUGUUGCACCGGAGCCGCUCUGGACAACAGGGGACGGCCGCGAAGAUGUCAUACGAAUACAUGGAACCCAAUAUCAGAUGAGAUCCGUUCCAUCGCACGCGACAUGACUUGCAGUGGAGCGUACGGUUCCAACCUACCGGUGCCCACAAACACACAGGGAUUAGCUCUUGAUAAUUAG